AUGCUUUCAGGGAAACAAAAAGAAACCAAACAACCAACGCCAGGUCCAUCGAGAAGCCAAGCUACCGCCCUAUUGGAGAUAAGAGAAGCACUCAAUAAAGAAGAGUUCGAAAAGCAUGCGGAACUCAUGACGGCGUACCUGUUACGGUAUAACCCAGAAAAACUCAGAAUCUUGUCAAUCGAAACCGAGCAAGCACCGGUAGUAAAGACGAGCCAGACAAACAAAGAUCCCAUCCCUCCUACAGAGAAUACUAUUCCUAUACCAACACCUUCUAUGGCAAAAAAUCCACGGUCAGGAAAGUCAAAACCUACCAGCACCGCAAGAAACAUCCCAGCCGGUAGACCAAUGUCUGAGAACAAAGACGAUGAAGAUCAUAGACAAGAAACUCGGAAGGGCAACUUCGUCGAAAAUGGGAUUGAAUUCGCAGAUGGGAAAGUGCCUAGCCACCAUAUGACGCAGUUGACCGUGUUCUGGGACAAUCGAAUCAGGAAGUUCAAGGGAUACGUACCGGUAUCUAUGUUUAACCAAGCAUGGUUAGAGGCCAACGGACAAGUUGAAGGAAGGAAGUCAUCAAAGAAAAAGAAAAGAGACAACGAAUAG